AUGAAAGGAUCACGAGUAGAGGGUAUGGAGAAGGAUAAAAAGGAUAGGAGGGAGGAGGAUAAGGAGGGGGUUAAGGGAGAUAAAGGGGAGGAGGAUAAGGAGGGGAGAGAAGGGCGACGAGGAACGGAGCAGGUAUGGCUUGGAAGGGAUGGGAAAGCUUUCGCGGAUUUGCAGUUUUCAAACCUUGAGUUGCUGCUACCGUCAGCAAGAGCAGCGGGUAUUUACUUUGUGCGCCGACCAGAGGGGUCGGAAGCAGGGGAGGACGAGGGGGGAGAAGCGGGGGAGGACGUGGGGGGAGAAGCGGGGGAGGACGCGGGGGGAGAAGCGGGAGAGGACGCGGAGCAGCACGAAGAGGAGGAGAGGGAAAGGAAAGAGGAGAGGGAGGAUGAUGAGGCGUGGUCGCAGUUGCGGCAUGAGGCAGUUGCUCUAAGCGAUCACACCUUUCAACAUCAUAAACGCCACAAGGGAAGCCAGCCAUUCACCUCACCUCACUCACACCGUCCUAUAUCCCAUUCUCCCCGGCGUCGGCUCAUCAUGAGCUGGCAGAAGGAUGACGUGUCGUCUGAGGGUGACGCGGCACCCCCCUCACGGCGGCGCCAGCUCAUCAUGAGCUGGCUGAAGGACGCGUGGGUGCGCAGCGUGGCGUUCCGCCUGAACGGCGACCCCCGGGAGGACCGAUUCCUGGUGGGCAGCCAGCAAGACCAGGGCUACCAGUGGCAGUGGACGGACGGGGUGGUGGGACCCAGCUGGAGAAGCCCCUUCGUGCGAAACCUCUCUUUGGAUAUGGAUUCAGGCGGACCAGGGCUACCAGUGGCAGUGGACGGACGGGGUGGUGGGAUCCAGCUGGAGAAGCCCCUUCGUGCGAAACCUCUCUUUGGAUAUGGAUUCAGGCGGACGGACCAGGGCUACCAGUGGCAGUGGACGGACGAGGUGGUGGGACCCAGCUGGAGAAGCCCCUUCGUGCGAAACCUCUCUUUGGAUAUGGAUUCAGGCGGACCAGGGCUACCAGUGGCAGUGGACGGACGGGGUGGUGGGAUCCAGCUGGAGAAGCCCCUUCGUGCGAAACCUCUCUUUGGAUAUGGAUGCGGACCAGGGCUACCAGUGGCAGUGGACGGACGAGGUGGUGGGACCCAGCUGGAGAAGCCCCUUCGUGCGAAACCUCUCUUUGGAUAUGGAUGCGGACCAGGGCUACCAGUGGCAGUGGACGGACGGGGUGGUGGGAUCCAGCUGGAGAAGCCCCUUCGUGCGAAACCUCUCUUUGGAUAUGGAUCCUCGUGUGCCAAGGUCCUUCCCCCUGAAGUGUUGGACGAGCCCACGGGAGUGCUCACCCCCACGCCAGCCCUAGGCUCGUGCGCCAAGGUGCUGCCCCCCGAAGUGUUUGACGAGCCCACGCCCAUCCUCACCCCCACGCCAGUCACAGGCGAGCACCUCGCAACGCUCUCCUCGCCGCUCUUCGCCCCACAGCCCCUCCCUGCAUAUGCUAACGAGGGGGUACGAGGCAGAGAGGAGCAGGAGGGGCAGGAAGGGCAGGGAGGGCAGGGCGAGCAGGGAGAGCAUUAUCCGCAGCAUCAGUCUUCAGCCGAAGCUGCUCUUGCUGCCGUAGCAGCAUCCAUGCAUCCCCACUCUUCUCACUCUUCCUCCUCAUCCAGCGACGACCAACAACAGCAGGGCCAGCAGGACCAGCCGCAGCAGCAGCAGCAGGAGCGGUACUUAGUGUGGUUUCCCCGCUUCGGCUUAGGCAACUCCCUGCGCGGAUUUUGCUCAGCAUAUGUGUAUGCUCUCCUCUCAGGCCGCCGGUUGCUGCGGUGGCACGGAGGGAAGCACAGGGCCGUGCUAGAUCAUCUCUGCACCACGUUUGACUGCAGCGGCGUCGCCCCAUUGGUCAAUUUCACGGAUGAUAUCCGCCACGUCAGCGAGCCCCUCGAGCUGCACGCGCCAAGACAAGAGUUUCUUUCUGCCCUGCACUCCGGGCUGCCCGUGGUGCAUGUGAACACGGGCAGCUUUUUCGAUAAUUUCUGGCAUAAGAACGGGCGGCUGGCCCCGUGUGUGCAGCGCGCGUUUCACUGCCAUAACAUCUGGUGUGUGAGGAGUCAUGCCAUUCAUGCCUUGCUCGGGCAUGGACCUGUGCCUGAGCUUCAAGAGGUGAUAGAGGAGACUGUGAGGAGGAAAAGGUGGGGCGAGGGUGGUGGGAGUGAGGGUGGAGGAAGAGGAAAAGGGGGAAUGAGAGAGAGUGAGGGCCGUAGGGGGAAGAGAAGGGGGGAGGACGGUGAAGGGGUUGGGAGGGGGGGUGAGGAGAGGAUGCAGUUAGGAGGGGAGGAGGAGGGAGGGGUAGAAGAAGGGAGGUCCGUAGGGAAAGAGAGAGGCAAAGAGGGAGGGGCAGAGGGAGGGAGAUGGGGUGGUGGUGGUGGGACAAGGCGCAGGCUGGUUGGGAGGAGAGUGGGGGUGGAGGAGGUCGGAACACCCCAUUCGGGUCUUCUUGGUGGUGGCGGAGAGAAGGAGCAGAGCAAUGCAGAGCAGAGAGAGGGAGGGGGUCUUGCAGGGAGAGAGCGUGGGAGCGGGGGGCCAGCAGCAGAAGCAGAAAGGGGGGGUGAGGAUAAGGCACCUGGCAGCUCGGCACCUGGCAGAAUAAGGCAGCUUGAGGAGUAUGCUGCUGAGGGGAGUUAUGCGGAGCAGGGAGGCGGGGCUGCAGCAGCCUCUUCUGUUGAUAGCGAGUCAGCUUAUGGAGAGGAUGGUGGGGAGAGCGAGCAGGCGGGCGGUGCGAGAGUGAAGAAAGGCACUGGGCUGCGGCUGCAAUUCGACGUGGCCAUUCAGAUCCGCACAGCCACCAACUUGGUGGAGCAACCUUCAUGUCACAAGGCUCCCUCCUCUCUUUCUAACCUUCCGUCCCUUCUAAUCAUCUCGCCCUCCUUCCGUUCCACCAUUCGUCCCCAUCCCCUCCCUCCGACCACCAGCUUGGUGGAGCACCCCUCAUGCCACGAGGCAGACAGGGAGUGUGAGCACGAGCAGCAGCAGCUGAGGGCAGCAGAAGCGGCACACAUGCAGCAGUUUCUCACACCCGACAAGUGGGCCUGCAUCACGCGCCUCCUCCUCUUCCUCCGCACCCGCAAGUCCGGCAUCAAGCUGCCCAACCCCUCCAACAACAACCCCGAUCCCUUGCUCUCCCUGCUGCAGUCCUUGGCUGGUCGGGCUAGUCAGGCUGGUCAGGGAUUAGUGAAGGAAGAGGGUGGGCGAGGGUCGAAAAGAGCGCGCGGUGCUGGGGAUCUUGGGGAUGGGUUGGAGGGGAUUGAGAGCGGUGCUUUGUCUUCUCUGAAGCCGCUUUCCGUCUUUUUGGCAACGGACAACGAGAACCUGCGGCCGCAGUUUGUGGAUAAGAUCGGGCCGGUGGCUGGGGAUGUCUUUUUCUCCACUGGCGCUGUCACUCACACGUCAAAAAGCGGCACUGCAGCUGCUGCUGCUGCUGCUGCAGCAGCAACAGGAGGAGCCCCCCGUGUGUUGCUUCUCGCGCUCUGCCUCUCCUCCUUCACCGCCGCGAUCUCCGCGCAAUGGAUCAAAGGCUUCGUUGCGUCGUACUACGCGCUCCAGAACCGCCCCAACGGCGCGUGUGGGUACCCCCAAUUACACCACAACACGGCAUCGAUGUCCACCGUAGGCUACGCUAACGGCAGUAACUGCGGCGCGUGUUUCCAGAUGCGGUGCACCGGCCACCCGUCGUGCAAGCCGGGGAUCAUGACAGUGCCCGUUACUGUCACGAAUAUCUGCCCGCCGAAUGCGCCCGGCGGGUACUGCGCGAAGAAUAAGCGGAGCAUCACACUGCCCAAUCCCGUGUGGAAUCAGAUGUCGAAGGAUCCCUCCGCCGGCGUUGUUCCCGUGGAGAUUAAGCGCGUCAGGUGCCGGCGCGUGGGUGGCGUCGCAUUCAAUAUCACUGGGAAGGAGUACUACGUCACCGCACCAUCCAUUGCGUUCGCCAACCAUCAGCAUGAUUCCGGCAUUAUCGUUACCGUGCCUUCUCUCUCUUGUCCCCCAGCCUUGCCUCUCAACGUGGCCGGAGCUGGCGCCUUAAAGCGCGUUGACAUCUCGAUCGCGCGCGGCCCGUGGAUGGCUAUGCGCAAGAGCUACGGCGCUGUGUGGGACCUGCCGGGCCUGCCCGUGGUCGGCAUGUCGCUCUCCUUCCGCCUCUGGCCCGCCCUCGGGACUCUCCCGCUCGAGGCGUGGGAUGCUGUUCCCGCGAAUUGGGUUAACAAUACGAUUUAUCGCACGGCGAAUUCUCAACCCUCUCCGGGAUCAUCAGCUGAGAAAAAAAAAGCCUCCUUCUCCUCCUGUGCUGCUACGUGUUCCCCGCCGCACGUGCCGCCGCUUUUCCCGCUCCGCGCAGCGCCGUGCCUCCUCCCCCAAGUGACGAUCAACGUAACGCGCGAGUCCCACCUCUACCUUCGAAAGAACUACCCCGCCAAUCAGUACGUGACGAUGGUGCUGCAAGCGAGCAUACAGCUGACAGACACGUUUGUGAUGGACGCGAAAUUCAGCUGCACUGUCUUCCGCUCCGACAAGGACAGAGCCUUCGACCUCAUCUCGCCCUCUGUAAACUGCACUGUCUUCCGCUCAGACAAGGACCGCGCCUUUGACCUCAUCUCGCCCUCCGUCAAGUAUGGCUCGCCUCUCUCCACCCAUCUCCAACUCUUUCCACCGCUCUCCAACGCACUUCUCCAACACCCUCUCCGCUCUCUCAUACCCAUCGCCAUGGUAACAAAGAUCGUCAACACCAACAACGUGUUGGUCAUCAGGGUGAAUUUCAAGAUAAAAUCCACCGCACUCCACCCCUCCCCUCCACCCUCCCACAGCGCCAUGGUAACAAAGAUCGUCAACACCAACAACGUGUUGGUCAUCGGGGUGAAUUUUAAGAUGCCCGUUUCGACUGUCGGGCAGCGGGACUGCAACUAUAUUGAGACACGCUUUAUUGACUUCAUUGGCAAAUACGCUUGCCCUGCUGUGUGGCUGUACCGAGUAUGGGGUGUACAAGUGGUGCAGGUACGCUCAGUCCCUCUCACACCCAUCCUACCACCCUUCAUUCCAUCGGCUCUGCUCUGUACUGUAACAGCCGAAGCCAAAAGGGAGUUGCUGUUAAUGUCCCUCCUCCUCCUCCUCCUCCUCCUCCUCCUCCUCCUCCUCCCUCCUCCUCCUCCUCCUCCUCCUCCUCCUCCUCCUCCUCCUCCUCCUCCUCCUCCUCCUCCUCCUCCUCCUCUCUCCUCUCUCCUCUCUCCUCUGCAGGGCAACGUGUACGGGCGGGUGGAGGUGGCGAGAGCUAAUCGCUCACGGGUCGACUCAAUGGAUGUGCUCGUGAAGGCCACCAACCAGCCCGGAGCCAUUGUGGUGAUGCUCUCGGGGGACGGGCCUAACCUCAUCCGCAGCGAAGUGGUUAUUUCCAACAAUAACAUUCGGACAGAGGGCAGCUUGGGGCAGGGCGCCGCUGUGGGAAUCAUGCUAUACCGAGGGGCAGUGGGAGUGAACGUGGCAGGCAACCGGCUGUCGCACCUCACCGUCGCAAGCCUUCAUUCCCCCCUCUCUCCUGCUUCCCGUUUCGAUCGCAGUGUGGGAAUCAUGCUGUACCGAGGGGCAGUGGGAGUGAACGUGGUGGGAAACCGUCUAUCACACUUCACCCUUGCAAGCCUGCAACUGGGAUGGGGGCAGAUGAACGUGGGCGAUGCAAUGCUCACCCUCGUUGCCCACAACAACAUUAUUCAUAGCUUUGGGCAGCUGGGGGAUUGUUCAGGUAUUUACCUCAGCACGCACUGGGUGAACCCUGGAAAUAUCCACCGGUGCAACUACGUUCAAGGGGGUGGGCACUGCCUGUAUUUCGACUGGGUGUCAUCGGGAGUGAUCGUGGAUGGGCUCGUGUGCGUGCAAACUGCAGAUGGGCUGAAGCUAAACACUGGGAAGAAGUGA